UCCUCAUUACACAUGCCCAAAAUAUGUUCUGACAAAAUACUCAUCCUGGGUCGCGUUCCUCAUUACGCAUGCCCAAAAUAUGUUCUGACAAAAUACUUAUCCUGGGUCCACGACAAGCAAAAAAUUAUUCAAUGUUCUAAUUUUUCUUUUGGGUGCUUAUUCAAUGCUCCGCAAUAACUUUGCACCAGACACAAUUUGCGUGGUCUUCCACGUCAGUGUGUGACGCAGAACCCCCGUCAAGCAAUACUCCAAGAGCACUGAACUAGCCGGCCGCACUACCGAGAGAUGCUCCUCAAGUGUAUUGGCGAAAUCGAUGUGGUCAAAAAGGAAAGAUAAGUUGUUGGAGUUAUAUAUUCUGACAUGGGUUAGGGAAUAUAUGCUUGGCAGACAUAUCCAUCGAGGGUGGUGAAGAUCCAAGCACAAAAACACAAAUUUUCAAGACCCAAUGCAUUUGGGGAAUCUCAACUAAAGUUUGCACCAAUGCAACCCUAGAUUCUCAACUCACGUUUCCUUCUGCACGUAUUUGGUUUCUUUUAAACUGCAAAAGUAUUCAGUUGACACAAAAAACUCUCACCCAUCUUGUGGUUCUGGUUACAAUGACAAGGGGAGUCAUGGUUUUGCUCUCUGCCUGCAUGCUGAUAGUGAUCACUGCUAGGGUUUCCUCUCUCGAAUCUGACUUGGCGGUUGCAAUGCACCCUCCGGGAAUGGCCCCUGCCUACGCCCCGGAAAAGCCUCACUACCCUCACGCUCCAGAAAAGGCUCCCGUCUAUCCUCCAACGUUUCACUACCCUCACGCUCCAGAAAAGGCUCCCGUCUAUCCUCCAACCAAGUCCGUAGCCCCAACCCCAGAACCGGAGGCUCCUAAACGUGGUUGUGACGGCCUGUGUUUGGACUACUGCAAACCGAUUCUUACUCCAAAGAAGAGGAUGUGCCAGAGAGUCUGCACUGAAUGUUGUGCCAAGUGCGACUGCGUGCCUGAGAAAGGUGCAACGUGCAAAAACUGGGACGUCGUCCUGUACCACGGUGUAUCCGUCAGGUGUCCUUGAGAUGAACAGAAAUGUCCUUAGCCAUCGUCUCCCUGUUGUGUUCGAUUGUGUUAUUUCGGUCUUUUUUGCGUUCAAGUGUUUUUUCGUUGUUCACGUGUUGUAAACCCUAUGGCGGAUGGAAAUCGAUUGUUGUUUGUAA